GCUAUGACGCGUCGUUGGUCAUGCAUUUAAGCAGUUCCCAGCAUGGACCGGUCUACCGCUGCGGCGCCGCGCUAUUUCAGCUUCAAGGACUUCCUCACGGAGGCUGAGGCCGCUAGUUUCUUCGAGCUGCCUCAUGCCGAGCAGGUGGCAAAAGUCACGCAGUACCUGGACUUCCUAGGCCAGCAACCAGACUCGUCGCAGUUCACGACGUCGUCCAAAGCCUCCGUCAGCUUCGCCAAGCUUCGAGAUGACUACGACGCACCUGUCGAAGCAGACCAAGAUGCCAGCUAUGAACUAGAUGCAGUACUAUUGGAGCAACUGCUGGCAGGACAGACGCGCAGUGGAUUUGGCGCCUUCGGCACCGAAUCGGGCUUUUUGCCUCAAAAAAGACUGAGCUUGGCGGUCGCUCACGCCGUCGAGGAGAUCGGUCACAAGUAUAUCGUCGAGCGCAACAAGCACGGGAUUGUAAAGCCACCAGUGCUUAAUAGUCGGAGUUUCUUUUUCUACUGGUGUCACGCCGAGAAGCAGAAGCUCAUGGAUAUUCACGAGAAGCUAGUAGCAAGAGAGGUGCCUCCAAAGCGGAGGCAUUUGUUUUGGCAACGCAUCGCAAUCAUCGUUGAUCGAGCCAUGUGCGAUGACUGUAUCCAAUUCGCGGAGUGCUUUGCACGAUUUGAGACGGCAUUUAUCUGUAUCCAAGACCCGGAGGUUGUACGAGUUUUCCCUCUAUCCAGCAAUCAGCAAGGUCGUCGUAUCUCAACUACGUAGCAUUCUCGAGCUGUCUACCAUAGUUCGCAUCUUCCACAAGAUAACUACUUCUACAUGCUUUUCACAGAGUGUGAGAAGCAUGUAGAUCAUCUAGCACAACACAAAAAAAAUAUUACUUGUCACUCGAAUUUCUUCGGGCA